ACCACAACGAUGACAUCUCACUCAGAAAUCUCGACCAAAAAAGAAACAUGAACAACUUGUUCAACCCCACUAGACCAGGCCCGAAGCCAUGGCCGAACCGAAAGAAACAAACCAACAAACCCGCCAUCUGUCUCUGCUCCGUCUCUCUACUCUUCCUCUCCCUCUUCUUCUUCAUCACCUACUCCGAGAUACCCAAAUCCCUCUUCUCCAUCUCCUCCUUCUCCGGAUCCGUCGAGUUCCCUCAAUGCAGAUCCGAGACGCUAACCCGCGCCCUCCUUGGCCAGAGAUUCCUCCUCUACGCUCCACACAGUGGAUUCAGCAACCAGCUGUCGGAAUUCAAGAACGCUGUCUUAAUGUCCUCGAUUCUGAACAGGACCCUUGUCGUUCCCCCGGUUCUUGAUCACCACGCUGUCGCUCUCGGUAGCUGUCCGAAAUUUAGGGUUUUGAGUCCCAGCGAGGUUCGUGUCUCGGUUUGGAAUCAUUCUAUAGAGCUGCUUAGGGAAGGGAAGUAUGUCUCGAUGGGUGAUGUUGUGGAUAUCUCGUCUCUUGUGUCUUCCGAGACUGUUAGAGUUAUUGACUUUAGGUACUUCGCGUCGCUUCUCUGUGGUGUUGACUUGGAGACUUUCUGUGGGGAGUUAGGUGAAGAGUCUGAGGCUUAUGAGUCGUUGAGACGGUGUGGUUAUUUGUUGUCUGGAGUUCGUGGGAAUGUGGAUGGGUGUUUGUACGGUGUUGAUGAUGAUUGUAGAACUACGGUUUGGACGUAUAGAAACGGAGGUUCUGAUGGGAGGUUGGAUUCUUUCCAGGCGGAUGAGAAGGUUAAGAAGAAGAAGAAGUUAAGUUACGUGAGGAGGAGGAGAGAUGUGUAUAAGGCUCUUGGACGUGGCUCAGAAGCUGAGUCUGUGGCUAUACUUGCGUUUGGGAGUUUAUUCACGGCUCCGUAUAAAGGUUCUGAGCUUUAUAUUGAUAUACCUAAGUCUUCUAGUGUUCCUGAGGUGAAGUCUUUGAUUGAGAAGGUUGAGUUUCUUCCUUUUGUUCGAGAGAUAAUGAGUGCGGGGAAGAGGUUUGCCAAGGGGACGAUAAAGGCACCGUUUCUUUGCGCGCAGCUUAGGUUGCUUGAUGGACAGUUCAAGAAUCAUCAGGAGGGGACGUUUUUGGGUUUAAAGCAGAAGCUGGAAUCUUUGAGUUUGAAGAGUUCUGGUCCUGUUCAUGUGUUUGUGAUGACUGAUCUUCCUGAAAGCAAUUGGACUGGGACUUACUUGGGUGAUUUGUCUAGGAACUCUACGAAGUUCAAGCUCCAUUUUCUAAGGGAGCAAGAUGAUGUAGUUGUGAGAACACAGAAGGAGCUUGCUUCAGCUGGUCAUGGACAGAAAUUUGGGUCUAUUCCGAUGAGUAUGGACAGUAUAAAGAAGAUGAAGAAGCAUUGUUCUCCUAAGAAAGUAUCAAAUGUACAACUAUACGUAGAGGAAGCUGUUUGCAGCUGUGCUUCACUGGGGUUCGUUGGUACUGCAGGGUCCACUAUAGCUGAUAGUGUAGAGAUGAUGAGGAAGUUCAAUGCUUGUAGUAGUUGAACUCAAAACUACAUUUCUGUGAUUCUUGUUUCCGGGUUCGAUUAACCAAAGCUUUUUCAGUGUUGGUCUGCAGUGAUAGAUGCAAGAUUUGGUUAAGUUUUGCCGGUCGGAUAGAGAUAAGAUGUUUCAUCUGUCUCCACUUUGAGGUUUUGGUGAUGAAUUGGGUAUGAAUGGUUUUGUGUUGGUUUGGUUAUAUAUAGGAAACUGUCUUUGUUUCUAAUAUUAAAUACAAUAAAGCCACUUGGCUCGGGUCUAAACUGUGGUGAGAUGGGUGUUGCAGCUCUGUAAGUUAUGUUUAGGCUUUUGUAAGUUUUUGAUUUGUAGUUUCUAUACCAAGAUUUGUAACCAAAUUUACCAUCGAGUGUUUAACCGGUUUUGAUUACCA